AUGAAGGGCCCUGUGAGUCCGUAUCUGUCUCAGGGCCCUGUGAGUCAAUAUCUGUCUCAGGGCCCUGUGAGUCAGUAUCUGUCUCAGGUCCCUGGCCCUGUGAGUCAGUAUCUACCUUUCCCUGUGAGUCUGUAUCUGUCUCAGGUCCCUGUGAGUCUGUAUCUGUCUCAGGGCCCUGUGAGUCAGUAUCUACCUGUCCCCGGCCCUGUGAGUCUGUAUCUGUCUCAGGGCCCUGUGAGUCCGUAUCUGUCUCAGGUCCCUGGCCCUGUGAGUCCGUAUCUGUCUCAGGGCCCUGUGAGUCCGUAUCUGUCUCAGGGCCCCGUGAGUCAGUAUAUACCUGUCCCUGGCCCUGUGAGUCAGUAUAUACCUGUCCCUGUGAGUCCGUAUCUGUCUCAGGGCCCUGUGAGUCCGUAUCUGUCUCAGGGCCCUGGCCCUGUGAGUCAGUAUAUACCUGUCCCUGUGAGUCCGUAUCUGUCUCAGGGCCCUGUGAGUCUGUAUCUGUCUCAGGGCCCUGUGAGUCCGUAUCUGUCUCAGGGCCCUGUGAGUCAGUAUCUACCUGUCCCUGUGAGUCAGUAUCUACCUGUCCCUGGCCCUGUGAGUCAGUAUAUACCUGUCCCUGUGAGUCUGUAUCUGUCUCAGGGCCCUGUGAGUCCGUAUCUGUCUCAGGGCCCUGGCCCUGUGAGUCUGUAUCUGUCUCAGGGCCCUGUGAGUCUGUAUCUGUCUCAGGGCCCUGUGAGUCAGUAUCUACCUGUCCCUGUGAGUCAGUAUCUACCUGUCCCUGUGAGUCAGUAUCUGUCUCAGGUCCCUGUGAGUCAGUGUUUCCGUUCAUCAUGGACAGAUAUCCUGACAUCUCCUCGUGCUGAGAGGAGGAGAGCAGCCAUUACACUCAUCUGCAUGUGUUAA